AAACCAAGAAGGACCAAGGAUCCUGGAUAAGUCAUGUUCUUUGUAAUUUCCACCAGUUAAUGUAAGAAAUCAACCCGAAACACUCCACAAAAUGUCAAUUUAAGCUUUCUUCCUUACAAGGGAGAGGAAUCAACCCAGAAGUUCCAAUCCCCAUUUCUUCUUCUUCUUCACAGGCAAAAUUUCUUGUCCUUCUUUUUGUUCUUCAUUUAUUUCAUAUAAUCCUCUCCUAGUUAUGUUUUUUUUUUAUUUUUUAAUUUAGUUGAUUAUUUAUAGGAAUUCAAACAUGGGUUCUUAGCUGAUCUUCUGGAAUUAAAGGUGUAGACUUUAGUGCAGAUAAUUGUUACGUGUAAGUUUUCCUUCUAAGGUUUUCUAGAGAAAUUUAUUUGCCUUCGUGAUUCAUGGGUAUUCAUGAAAUUCGUCGAAAUUCAUGUUUCUUAUUGCAUGUUUGUUCCUGAUGUAUUGGGUAUUUAUGCACAGAGCAAAAGUUGUCUUGUUUGGUGUAUGGAAUAUGGAGAUAGAAAUCAAGUAAUCAACCCCUGAAACAAAGCAGAUCAUAGUUAUUUUCAUUUCUUCUUAACGUGGUAGAAGUUUGUUGAUAUGCAUAAGUAUGGACCAUGCACUAGGGAGAUAAAAGAGGGAAAUUUCAUGAGGUUCCAGUGGCUACUAUUAUUUAUGUGCACAUGUCCUAGCACUCAUCUGUGUAGAUUUUCAGCAUUCGACUUUUGUAUUGAUGAAAUUUUCAGGGAGCGUAUCAUAAAAAUGAUUCCUAACUAGAGCAUAGUCUUUAGCUGUGUUCGUAGUUUUAGUUUAGGGUUUCAGAAGCUAAUGAGGGUGAAAGAAAGAUCACCCUAUUUG